ACACCAUCAAACACAUGCAAUGUGAAAAUGCUGCACUCGUACAAACGCUGCAGGAUCAAAAACAAAUGUGAAAGAAAAAUGCUGCAAAUGCCCAAAACACACACAAACCCCCAAAACAAAUUCAGGAGAAAAAUGCUGCAAGUUCACAGAACGAAAUGGAGGUUUGCUCAGGGAUCGUCAUCAUUUAAGACUUGACAUGUAAUAUUUGACAGCAAUAGAGAGCAACCAAUUUUUCCCUGUCCAAGUGUUUAAAAGAAGUAACAGAAAAAUAUACCCUUUAUUCCGCCAACUUUUUCCUGGGCAUUUCCCUCAUGUCUACAUUGUCUUCUUGGGUGUUUUCAACAGGAGAUACAAAACCAAUAACUUGCCCUCAUGUGUAUUUGCAGUUUAUUUGAAUUAAUACUUUGCGUCACAGGUUUGAACAUUAUGGCGAGUCAAAGGCCUCCGUCCAGCAUGGGUCGACCUAUGAGCCGUGCUGGAUCAGUAGUACCCGGAACUGGAAGACCUUUAACAGCUGUCAGACCUCCUCCAACAGCCAUACGCAUACCGACUGGGAUGGUCCCAGGUACAGGUGUUCAUCCUGGUAUGAGGGCAAGCAUUGCCACUCCUGGUGUCCUGUCAGCACAGAUCAAAGUGACUGACAGGCCUGUGACUCAGCAGGGCCUUAGUGGUAUGAAGACUGGGUUGAAAGGACCCCAGAGACAGAUCCUGGACAAGUCUUACUACUUGGGUCUUCUCAGGAGUAAGAUCAACGAACUAACCACAGAGAUCAGCAAACUCCAUAAAGAGAUCGACACCUUCAACCAAGAGAACUCUGUCUAUCUGUCCUACGAAAAGAGAGCUGAAAGUCUGGCUGCAGAGAUCAGGGAUCUGCAGGGCCAGCUUGCGGAUUACAACAUGUUGAUGGACAAGCUCAACACCAACUCUGACAUGGAGGAGAUGAUCAACGACUACAACGGCUUGAAGGCCCAGAAUGACAGAGAGGCUGAAAGCAUUGACAGCAUCUUCAUUGAGAGAAGAGAAAGGGAAGAGGCCGUCAGGGCCAUUGAAGAGGAAAUCAAGAAGGAAAGGCGCGUCGCUGACGAGAUUGUCCAGGCCAUGCCAGCUGCAAAGCAAGAGAAGUACUUCACUAUGACAACAGCCAAUGAGGAGCUACUACAGGAGCUAUCUCUUCUCCAAGAAGAACUGGAUGCCCUGCUCACCAGGAAGGAGGAAUACGAAGCGGAGCUCGCCCACUCCCAGAUCAAGCAGGAAGUGGUUCGGCUUCACGAGACUUUGUCCACACUGGAGGCAAAGCGGGACACCAUGGAGGCCGAGCACAAGAGCUUCAGCACGCCUCAGGAGGAACGAGAGAAACUAUUGAAACAGGUGAAAGAGGACAAUCAGGAAAUUGCCAGCAUGGACAGACAGCUGUUGGAGAUCAGGGACAGGACCGGUCAAAUCACAGAGGACAUCCAACAGUUGGAGCAGGACUCCGAGCAAGCUCAUGGGGAGUGUCAGCAGAAGUACAAGGAGCUGAAGAGGAAGGAAGAGGAAAUUGAUGGCUUCUUGCAGUCCUUUGAGGAGCUAAGUGCUCAGGAGCAGAACAAGACGACCCAAAGCCAGGAGAACAUUGUCUCUCUCUUAGAGCACUGCAGCAGGAACAUGCUGCGGCUUCAUCAGGUGGACACAAUCACAGCCAGCGAGCUGAGGAACAUGCAAGACGUGCUGGUCAGCAAGGAGACCGAGGUGUCUCAAUCGGCGAGCACCGCCAGGGGACUGUCCAGCGAGUCCCAGCGUCUGCAGCAGGACCUGGAGAAGGUGCAGCAGCUGGAGGGCAAGAUCACAGGGGAGCUGAACACCUUGAAGGAACAUGUCAGCCAGAUGCAAUCGGAGCUGGUCACCUACAGCGACCUGGACACUCUGAGACACACAGCAGAGGAGAGAAAGACGAGGCUGCAGGGGGAGCGAAUCUCCCUCACACAACAUCGAGAUUCAUUCCGACAGCUGCUGGAGGAGAUGAACCAGAAAUAUGAAGCACUGAAGACAAAACUGGAGGAAAACGAGACCCACGCGCAGCUGGCUAACCUGGAGAGGAAGUGGCAACAUUUGGAGCAGAACAACUUUGUCAUGAAAGAAUUCAUCGCCUCAAAGUCUCAAGAGAGCGACUUCGCCUCCGUUUCCAAGAAUGUCUACCAACAAGUGGCUGAUUACAACAAGUGCCUCAUAGACUCACUGCAGAACAUCAGAAGCUGAGUGCACGCCCACAUAAGAGUUUAUAUAUUUCAUACAUUGUCAUUGUCCAUAACAUCGUUAUUCCUAGAACAGAUGUUUUAUAUUCAAAGUUCAGUCAUCUGAGACCAACAGUUGAAGUUUUUUCUAAUACCUUCUACACAUUGGACACCUUACUAUCUUAAUAUACAAUCCAUCAAUACAGAUGUUUUUGUAUUGCAGUAAUAAUCUCGUCAGACAAGUAAAAAGCAUUUUUAAUCAUGAAAAAAGAUUGUGAUGUUGUUUGGAUUCAAAUGUAAACGGUCUUUCACUUGAGAAGCGAUUUUCCAUCUCCAAGGGACUCGAAGCGCUUUGAGACUGUUAGCACAUUUACCUCCUGAUGACGCAGCAUCAGGGGCAACUGGGGGUUCAGUAUCUGGCUCAAGGACACUUCGACAUGAUCACGGGAGGACUGGGGAUGGAACACGCAACCUUCAGGGUCGCGGGGGCAUGCUGGAGCCUAUCCCAGCCGACUUCGGGCGACAGGCAAGCUCAUUUGGAUCCCCUGAAUUAUGGACGGGUCUACACAGGCAGAGGAGAGUCUCACCUGUUCUUCAUCAAGCUGCGCUCGGACUGGUUUCGAGGAACACUGCCCUGUGCCACACCUUGGGGAAGGAUGGAGUUGGCAUACUGAAGCUGAGUGGCUGCCAUGUCACCUAGGCAACCAGCACAGAAGUAAACACAGUUAAGAAAGGUUGUGUCUGUACCUGAGAAAGAACUGCCUAAUUUGAUGGGUGUCAAUCAACCACAAGUGUUUUUAACAAGUAUUUGGUACAAUAUGUUUGACCUGACUUUACUAAUGACUUUUUUUUGUGUACUAAUGACUUUUUACCUCAAACCACUAUUACUUUUUCACGUGACAUGACUUUUUUCUCGUAACAUUAUGACUUUUUUCUCAUGUCUCUCAUGGCAAUGACUUAUUUCUUGUAAAAUGAUCACUUUUCUCAUAACAUGAGAAUUUUUCCGCCUAACAUGAUCAUUUUUUUUCUGGUAAUAUUCCGACUUUUCUGAGAACAUUCCGAGUUAUUUCUCAUACAUCAUGACUUUUUACAGCAUUACAAUUUUUUCUCAUAAUACAACUUUUCUCUCGUAACCUUGUGACUUUUUGUCUCGUGACAUGACUUUUUUUUUGACAUUACAACUUUUUUGUCAUGACAUGAUGGCUUUUUUCUCAUAACAUUACAAACGUUUUUCUUAUAACACAAUUUUUUUUUUCUUUCUGGUAAUAUUACUUUUUUCUCAUAACAUUCCGAGUUACUUCUCAUACAUCAUGACUUGUUCCGUAACAUUACAACUGUGUCUCAUAAUACUUUUUAUGAGGAACAUUACAACUUUUUCUCAUAAUACAACCUUUUUCUCGUAACCUUGUGACUUUUUUUCUCGUCACAUUAUAACUUUUUUGUCAUGAUAUGGCUUUUUUCUCAUAGCAUUACAAACGUUUUUCUUAUAACAUGAUUUUUUUUCUCAUAAUAUUACAAGCGUUUUUCUUAUAACAUGGAUUUUUUUUCUGGUAAUAUUACUUUUUUCUCAUAACAUUCCGAGUUAGUUCUCACACAUCAUGACUUGUUACAACUUUUUCUCAUAACAACUUUUUUCUUGUGACCUUGUGAGUUUUUUUCUCCUAACAUGAUGACUUUUCUCUCUCAUGACAUUACAACACAUUGCAACUUUUUUGUCAUGACAUGAUGACUUUCUCAUAAGGUUACGACUUUCUCAUAUCAUAUGUUAUGAGAAAAGUUAUGAGACUUUUCUCUCAUAACAUUACAACACAUUGCAACUUUUUUUGUCACGACAUGACUUUCUCAUACGAUUACGACUUUCUCAUAACAUAUCGUAAAAAAAAAUUCUUGUAACAUGACUUUUUCAUGAUGGCUUUUUCUCAUAACAUUACAUUUUUCUUAUAACAUGAUUUGUUUUUUUUCCUGACAUGAUUUUUUUUCUGGUAAUAUUACACAUUUUUCUCAUAACAUUCCGAGUUACUUCUCAUACAUCAUGACUUGUUACGUAACAUUGCAACUGUGUCUCAUAAUACUUUUUAUGAGGAACAUUACAACUUUUUCUCAUAAUACAACUUUUUUCUCGUAACCUUGUGACUUUUGUCUCGUCACAUGACGACUUUUUUUCUCGUAACAUUACUUUUUUGUCAUGAUAUGGCUUUUUUCUCAUAACAUUACAAACGUUUUUCUUAUAACAUGGAUUUUUUUUUCUGGUAAUAUUACUUUUUUCUCAUAACAUUCCGAGUUAGUUCUCAUACAUCAUGACUUGUUACAACUUUUUCUCAUAACACAACUUUUUUCUCGUGACCUUGUGAGUUUUUUUCUCCUAACAUGACUUUUCUCUCAUAACAUUCAACUUUUGUCAUGACAUGAUGACUUUCUCAUACGAUUACGACUUUCUCAUAACAUAUCGUAAAAAAAAUUCUUGUAACAUGAUUUUUUUUCAUGAUGGCUUUUUCUCAUAACAUUACAUUUUUCUUAUAACCUGAUUUUUUUUUCCUGACAUGAUUUUUUUUCGGGUAAUAUUACAUUUUUUUUCAUAACAUUCCCAGUUACUUCUCAUACAUCAUGACUUUUUACCAGUAACAUUACAACUAUCACUCAUAACAUUACUUUUUUCUAAAAAUGAAUUUUUUUCCCCUCAUAACAUGCAUUUUUUUCUCUGUUGCAACUUUUCUCUCAUACCAUUAUGACUUUUUAAUAUGAAAUUACAACUUUUUUUUCUCAUAACAAUGGCUUAUCUUAAUGCUACAAUUUUUUGUGUGAGUUUUUUCUCGUAACAUUACAACUUUUUUCUUGUUACAACUUUUUUCUCUUACAAUGACUUAUUAAAAAUAAAAUUAUGGCGUUUUCCGAUGACAUGACUUUUUUUUAUCAUAUCAUUCCGACUUUUUUCUCAUUUUUCACAUUACAUUUUCUUUCUCCGUUACAACUUUUUUCCCAUACCAUAAUGACUUUUUAAUUUACAAUUGCAAGUUUUUUCUCAUGACGAGGCCUUUUUAUCAUAAGAUAACUAGUUCCUCAUAACGUUACACAUUUUUCUCUCAUGUGGUGACUUUUCUCGUAACUUGUCUCAUAUUCUCACAGCAUGAUGACAUUUUCUCAUAACAUUCCGACUUUUUUCUCCAAACAUGUAACUUUUUUUCUCAUACCAUACUGACUUUUUAAUUCAAGAUUACAAAGUUUUUCUCUAAACAUUCCAACUUUAAAAGAUCAAUUCUUGUAAAAUGAUAGUUUUACAGACAGUAACAACAAUAACAAUAAGAAAAAUAUGAGAAAAACGUCGUAAUGUUACGAGAAAAUUGUUUUACAGACAGAAACAGGGAAAAACUGUAAUGCAAUAUUUAGACAGUGAAACAAAAAGUUGUAACAACAAAACUUGUAAUUUUAUGACAACGAAGUCAUCACGUCUUGGCAUGUUGCCGUUGUGGCGGCGACCCCAGGAUGCAAGAGAUGAGACUCCACUGCAGGUAAAAUGUUUAUUUUAAUAGUAAAUAACCGCUGUGCAGUAGCAGGGAUCCGCAAAAGAGCUUUACGCUGACAAAACGACAAUGCUCCGACAAUCUAGGCAUAACUAAAAUUAGCAGCAGGGACGGGAGAACAGAAAACAAAAGCAGGGAAAACACCGAACGGAGCAGAAACGGAAGUCAUACCAAAAUAAGGGCAUGACACAGGAACUAAGACAUAAAAAGGAAAGAAAUCCAAACUGUCACACGGGCUAACUCAUAAUGACGUUUUAACAUAAAAUUGCAACUUCUCUCAUAACAUGGCGACUUUUUCUCUCGACUUCUUUACAAAAUUUUUGUCAUCGCAUGGUAACUUGUUUUUCUCAAAAUAUGACUUUUUCUCUCGACUUUACGGAAAUUUUUCCUCAUAGAUUUGUAACUUCAUACCACAGUGGCUUUUAAAUAGUAAAAUUGUGACUUUUUUUCUCAUAAAAUGAUGCAUUUUUUCUCAUCAGAUUUUUUUUUUCUCAUAAAAUGCCUUAUUUUCGUAGAACAUUAUGACUUUUUUCCUCUCACUACUUAUUUUGCACAGCAUGGUGACUUUUUCCUCGUAACAUCACCAUGACUUGUGUUUUCGGAACACUGACACUUUUUUCUUGUCAUGUUCGGAAAUUUCUCAUGACGUCCCUUUAGUCACGUAACAUUGAAAGUCUUUUCGGUGUGGCUGUAAUAUUAUUUGUGUUUCCUGUUUGCUUGGCAUAAAACGUUUCGGCGUGGUUUGUACCUGCCAGCGGUUGAGUGAACUGCAUUUGCAGGUUAUCCUGCCUCUCUGUGCAGUAUGGAAUGGGCAGAGGCUGAGUUGGCUGUGUACUCGUCAUCGCCAUAGUUGCCACAGUCUGCGCUCCCUCAUUCUGAUAGCAGAAUGGACCUCCUGAUAAGCGAGAGAAUAGGCGGAUCAUUUUGUUACACAAAGCAAUACAUACAUAUAUUUAAUGAUACUGUUAUUUGUUUUAGAUUUAAUUUGAGAAAGUUCUGGUGUUCGGACACAAGAAUCAAAAUAUGCACAUAUCAGCAAACUGCCGUAGGCUCAAAAAGCUUCCGUGCUCUGUUCUCCGUCCUUUUGUUCUCCUCUGUUAUCAGCUGAUGUGUAAUGUGGAGCCCAGUCACAAUCACAUUGUUUACGCGUGCUCAAAAACAAGACUAAAUACUGUACUUUAGAUAUUUUUAUGUAGAAACAGUACAUUUGACCCCAUCUGUCUACAUUAUAUUGGUUCAGAAGUCAUCAGGGUUCGGGUUAGACCCAUCAAUAUAUUAAAUCAAGUAUUUUCCAUAUAAUAAGCACUAUAAUGUCUUACAAAACUAGCUGAGCAAAGCAAAACUCUGGACGCAUGUGAACAACUAAAAGGGCCUAAUUACCUUGCAGGGUAGGGAAAUAGUUGUUCGGGUGAUUCCACAUAUUUUGAUAGUAACCAAAGGCGUUGGAUUCAGGCGCAAGGGUCUGCGGGUUGAUCGUGGUCAUCGCUGUCAGCGUCUGCGUCCCCUCAGCGUUUAAAUUGUGAGACUGAGGAGGCUGAAGUGAGAGUUUAAAAAAAAAAAAGAAAGAAAGUCAGUCGCAAAUUCGAGUCACUCGUAGGAUUCAUAUUCAUUGGAGAAAAAAAUUGCAAUACUGUAAAAUGUGUUGGAAAAACUUCUGUAAUUGUGAAUUAAUGUAUGUUCUUUGCUUCAAUU